GCCCCUACUGAGAGGCAGCACAGUGUGUUUGCAGUGCUUGCACCCACUUACAGUACUGACAGACAAGAAGUAAGAGAGUUAGCCUGAGUUCUGUGAAGAACCAAAAAGACAAGGUUUUUCCAGUUUGCAUAAUAUUUCCCUCAUGGAUAUUUUUCAUAGCAUUGUUAUGUGAUGUGAGAAGGUUUUUUUUUUUGAAGUAAACAUGGAUUUUAUACUACAGAAUCAAGAAAAUUGGCAUUGUAAGAAAAAUUGAUAUAUAAAAAGUGGUACAGGUGUUUAUAGAUAACCAUGACAACAUCCUAUAUGAAUGGGCAUGUUACAGAGGAAUCAGACAGCGAAGUAAAAAAUGUUGAUCUUGCAUCACCAGAGGAACCUCGGAAGCACCGAGAGAUGGCUGUCGACUGCCCCGGAGAUUUGGGCACCAGGAUGAUGCCAGUACGACGAAGUGCACAGUUGGAGCGCAUUCGACAGCAACAGGAGGACAUGAGACGUAGGCGAGAAGAAGAAGGGAAAAAGCAAGAACUUGACCUUAAUUCUUCCAUGAGACUUAAGAAACUAGCCCAGAUUCCUCCAAAGACUGGAAUAGAUAACCCCAUAUUUGAUACAGAAGAAGGCAUUGUCUUAGAAAGUCCUCAUUAUGCUGUGAAAAUAUUAGAAGUGGAAGACUUAUUUUCUUCACUUAAACAUAUCCAACAUACUUUGGUAGAUUCCCAGAGCCAGGAGGAUAUUUCACUGCUUUUACAACUUGUACAAAAUAAAGAUUUCCAGAAUGCGUUUAAGAUCCACAAUGCUGUCACAGUGCACAUGAGCAAGGCCAGUCCUCCUUUUCCUCUUAUCGCCAACGCCCAGGAUCUUGCACAAGAGGUACAAACUGUUUUGAAACCAACCCACCAGAAAGAAGGACAGGAAUUAACUGCUUUGCUGAAUGCUCCACAUAUUCAGGCACUUUUACUGGCCCAUGAUAAAGUUGCUGAGCAGGAAAUGCAGCUAGAGCCCAUUGCAGAUGAGAGAGUUUAUGAAAGCAUUGGCCAGUAUGGAGGAGAGACUGUAAAAAUAGUUCGUAUAGAAAAGGCUCGUGAUAUUCCAUUGGGUGCCACAGUUCGUAAUGAAAUGGAUUCUGUCAUCAUCAGCCGGAUAGUAAAAGGAGGAGCUGCGGAGAAAAGUGGUCUCUUACAUGAAGGCGAUGAAGUUCUGGAGAUUAAUGGCAUUGAAAUUCGGGGGAAAGAUGUCAAUGAGGUUUUCGAUUUGUUGUCUGACAUGCAUGGUACUCUGACAUUUGUUCUGAUUCCCAGUCAACAGAUCAAGCCUCCUCCUGCCAAGGAAACUGUAGGAAGAGCUUCCAGCAGCAAAGAGAAGCCAUGAAACAAACUAUAGAAGAAGAUAAGGAGCCAGAGAAAUCAGGAAAAUUAUGGUGUGCAAAGAAGAAUAAAAAGAAAAGGAAAAAAGUUUUAUAUAAUGCUAAUAAAAACGACGAUUAUGACAAUGAAGAGAUCUUAACUUAUGAGGAAAUGUCACUUUAUCAUCAGCCAGCAAAUAGAAAAAGACCUAUCAUCUUGAUUGGGCCACAGAACUGUGGCCAGAAUGAAUUGCGCCAGAGGCUCAUGAACAAAGAAAAGGACCGCUUCGCAUCUGCAGUUCCUCAUACAACUCGGAGUAGGCGAGACCAUGAAGUAGCUGGUAGAGAUUACCACUUUGUUUCACGGCAAGCAUUUGAGGCCGAUAUAGCAGCUGGAAAGUUCAUUGAGCAUGGUGAAUUUGAGAAAAAUUUGUAUGGAACCAGUAUAGACUCUGUACGGCAAGUGAUCAACUCGGGCAAAAUAUGUCUUUUAAGUCUUCGUACACAGUCUUUGAAAACCCUCCGGAAUUCAGAUUUGAAACCAUAUAUUAUCUUCAUCGCACCCCCUUCCCAAGAAAGACUUCGGGCCUUGCUGGCCAAAGAGGGCAAGAAUCCAAAGCCUGAAGAGCUGAGAGAAAUCAUCGAGAAGACUAGAGAGAUGGAACAGAACAAUGGCCACUACUUUGACACGGCGAUUGUGAAUUCAGAUCUCGAUAAAGCCUAUCAGGAAUUGCUUAGAUUAAUCAACAAACUUGACACCGAACCUCAGUGGGUGCCAUCCACUUGGCUGAGGUGAAGGAGCGGUCGUGCUGCGGCAGGAGUGGACUUGUUUUGGCAAACUGUCAAUAGGAAGGCGGCCCGAUACUUCCGCAAGGUGGAGGAUAAGGAGGUAGGCGGCAGGAUAAGCUGCAGACCUGUUCUUAGAUCUCUUGUCCCCUUUGGCGAUGUGUGGGCAUUCUUUAUGUCCCGCACAUGGCUUUAGGGACUCCUGCCUCCUUUGGGGAUUUAAAAUGGAAGCUUCCAACAGAGCAGUUCCAUUUUAUCCUGUUAAAACAUUUUAUUAAUCAGCUAACUAAAUCUUUCCUGCUUGGUCGUACAUCUGUGAAAAAGUUGUAUGUAUAUACACAGUACUCCAUGGCUCACAUAGUUAUAAAUAUUGACAUUAUUUAACACUUAACUUAAAUGACUUUAUGGGAAUAUUUGGGGGGGGGACUGUGCUUCUGUGCACUGGGCAAAACAGUAUUUGCUUAGGAGACUGGUUUCGCCAUCAAAAGUACUUCCUGAAAAAAAAAAUACGUUGCCACUUUGGUUAGGAGCUGCUUGUUAAGGCUUGAACUCACUUGUGUGUCUUCUAACUCAAAAAACAAACAGAAGUUCCAUUAGAAGUCUCAGGGUUUUUUUAGCUCCAACUUUGUGGGUCAGACCAUAUACUCAGCAGACUGUAAUGUAGUUAAAGGUAUGCAAAAUAUUUUACAGAUACAAUUUUGUGAAAUUGUUGCAAGUGAUUUGAUAGCCUUGCUUCCUUUCUCUGAUCUGAAUACAAGAGAAUGUAUAAAGUAUCUGAUUCUUCAUGAUGCAAAUCGUUUUUUUGUACCUGGGAGGACAUAGCACAUUUGACAGUUUUUGCAUUUUUACAUAUGACCGCAGUGUUUGUCUGUACCUGUGCUACAUAAGUAACUGGAAUUCUGAUGAUGACUAUAGCUGCUGUACUGUACACUGAUACUUAAUAGAGCAACAAGUGGUCAUGACACUUGUUCAACAUUGGAAUAAAAUUACACAUGCACGAGGGAAUAGCAUGACUGACUUUGAGAGCAGAAGGAAAGGAAGGCCUAAAAGUCACUUGAACAUUUUAGGAAAAAAAAUGGGAGGAAAAACUUUUUAAGCACAUAGAAACAGGUUUUUCUCCUAACAAGAUCUGCUUCAUGACUAGAAUGCAAUAGCGUGUUAAACUGGUAGGCUUUUGUACUGUCUCUACAGCAGUAGCUUUAAAAUUGUAACUGUAUGGAAAGUUCAUUUGUAGUCUUUUCAAGCCUUUAAGCACAGUGGGGUUUGUGAUGGAACCACCUCACAUGUGAAUGCCUUUAUUUUUAUGACUUUAGCUACAUUUCCUGUAACCAGAGCUAAACACCGGAGUAAUAUUGACUUGUCACUUAACAGAAGCAGUUGUUGUUAAUGAGUAGUGUGUCUCAGUAUCAUGUAUAUAGUUGAUUUUUUCUCUUGUACCGAAAUUUAUUGGAACAAAUUUAAACAGUUCAUGUGUUGCUUUUUCUGCUCAAAUAUGCAUGGCCUCUUUAUUUUAGUUGACCGGGGAGUGUGUCUUAUUUGGAAAUACUUUCAGGAUAAUGUUCCCUAGGAAGAAAGUAACACUCGUGGGUGGAGGAAAGGAAUGCUGUGCCUACCCUCUCUCCCCUCAGGUCUGAAACACUCCAGCUUGUAGCAGAGAAAUACAGACUGCACCCGUUCUCAGCUUUGCAAAGCAAGGAGUAUACGUAGCACUUCGUCUUUCCGGUGUCCUGCAGUUUUCUCUCAGGAAUGAAAGGUAGUCUGUGGCUGACAGUGGAGUUUCGUGAACUGCACAGCGUAACUGACAACUCAGUACUUACAGUCUGUUAGGUUCGCGCCGAGUGGCUGCUGUGCCACCCGCUAGCGUAGGGCCACCAGGAGGGCUGUGUCCCGUGAAGACUUAGGCACGUGGCUUCUAUGCAAGGCACAUGCCAGGAUGCCACUUCCAGGAACUGACUGUAAGGUAAUAUGAAGCCCAGUAGUUCUCUCCUUCCUCGUUUAGUGGUUCAAGGACAGAAAUGUUUGUGUCUCGGUUUGUAAAUCCUACUGAUACAAAUGUGCUUCUGUUCAACACAGUCCCUAAAGAAAGUGAAAGCUUGGGUUGUGCUGACUUCCAAAUAUGGGGAAAGACCUGCUAUACAUCUGGCCUGGCAGCCUCUCUGGCCAGUUCUGCUUCCUGCCCCCCUGUGGUUCUGCUUGGAAACUGCAGUGUCGAGGAGGUCUUCACCACGUACUCCAACUCCUAAUGAGAUGUACUGGAAAAAUCCAAAUAAGGAAGUAGCUUCAUUUCCUAAAUUUUCCUGAGUCAGAACAAAUGGAAGAGUAUAGUAUUUAGAUGAAUCCAGAUUUGCUUUCUAUGAAAAUUAAUGUCUGGAUUUUUCCUUUUCUCACGGCCUAAGGAAUAAGUAUUGGUAAGGAAUGAUUUGAAUGUAAUUGUAUGAAUGCGUGUAGAAAAUAUAAACCAGGGAUUUAGCCUUAAUAAGGUAACCAUUCUGUCGUCUCUUGUUAGUCCCCAUUUGUACUCUUAUCCUGUCCUGUAUCUACACUUAUUUUGAAAUGUCAUACCCUAUACUGUAUUGUAAAAAUUAAAAAGCGGUAUUUCAAAUAAAGUCCACUGAGUACUUUU